AUCAUUGAUGACCUCAACAGAUGCUACCAACGUGACCAUGAUGCUGCUCGUACCGUGAUAGUCACUCAGAUUAUUGGUGAUCUCAACAGACUUAGUCAUAUAUUGUUACCAGUCACUGUCAAAUCAACUGAUGGUAGGUCGGUGCCGAAUUAA